UCCCACGCUGCCGGAUAGACAAGCUCUCUCAAGCAUUCGUUGAUACCCAUCUCCCAUACAGUCGCUACUGUAUAGCUCGGGUAUAGCGUGCCAUUGAGUCCUCCUCACAAUGCUCCUCACGGGCGCCAAGGGGGCCUUAUGGCUCGCCUUCACCUCCGUGGUCUCGGCCCUAGGCCAGGAGCCCAUUAUCUCCUUCGACAAAGCCCCGGGUGCUCUCCAGAUUGCUGGUGGCAAGAUUUCCAAAGGUCAAAUUCGUGUGGCCAAGAACGAGUACUGGGGCGUCAUCCGCGCUGCUGGCGAUCUCGCUCUUGACUUUGGCCGCGUCACUGGCACGAACUACACCCUUUCCAAUGGCGAAAAGGGUGCCGGUCCGGCCGUUUACACCUACAACCCGGUCGAUAACAUGAACAACACUCAUUACAGCACCACUGGCGUCGCAAACUUCACCGGACCUGCCUACUUUGACCCCUCCCCGUCCGACACCGUGAUCAUUGCCGGCACCAUCGGACACUCCGAGAUUAUCGACAGCCUCAUCGCCUCCAAGAAGCUCGACGUGUCGGCCACCAAGGGCAAAUGGGAGUCUUUCACCAGCCAGGUGAUCAAGAACCCAAUCCAAGGCUGUUCUUCAGCACUGGUCAUUGCCGGAAGCGACCCUCGCGGAACCAUCUUCGGCAUCUACGACGUGAGCGAGCAGAUUGGCGUUAGCCCGUGGUAUUUCUGGGCCGACGUGCCGACCAGGCAGAACAAGAACAUCUACGCCCUAAACAAGAAGAAGGUCCAGGGACCGCCGUCUGUCAAGUACAGAGGCUUCUUCCUCAACGACGAGCAGCCGGCUUUGACCAACUGGGUCGAGGAGCAUUGGGAGAGGACGCCCUAUGGCGCCGGCUACGGGCCUGCCUUUUAUGGCCUCAUCUUCGAGGUUCUUCUUCGUCUGCGUGCCAACUACCUCUGGCCCGCUCUCUGGGGAACCAUGUUCGAGGUCGAUGACCCGGGCAACCAGCCUUUCGCCGACGCUUUCGAGAUCGUUCUUGGUACCUCUCACACCGAGCCCAUGAUGCGUGCGCAAAACGAGUUCGGCCAUUUCUACCAGGGUCCUUGGGCGUACAACCUGAACAACGAGACCAUCGAUGACUACUUCCGUUAUGGUGUCCAGAGAGCCAAGCCCUAUGCGCGCAACAGCCUGUGGACGAUGGGCAUGCGCGGCACCGGUGACACGGCCAUUGAGGGUCUUGGUGUUGACCACAUCGUGGACAUGCUGACCACUCUGGUCCACAACCAGCGUCAGAUCCUGGCCGAAGGGCUGGGUGUGUCCGAUGUCACCACCGUCCCGCAGGCGUGGUGCUUGUACAAGGAGGUCAUGACUUACCUCUCCGCCGGCCUGGAAGUUCCCGACGACAUCACCCUGCUGUGGGCCGACGACAACUGGGGCCAUGUCCGCCGACUUCCGCUGCUCAACGAGACCACUCGUGCCGGAGGCGCUGGUGUUUACUACCACUUCGACUACGUUGGCGACCCGCGUAACUACAAGUGGAUCAACACCGUGCAGCUCUCCAAGACGACCGAGCAGAUGCACAUGACCUAUGCUCGCGGCGCUGACAGAAUCUGGAUUGUCAACGUCGGCGACAUGAAGGCGAACGAGAUCCCCAUCAACCACUGGUUCGACCUGGGCUAUGACAUGAAGAGAUGGGGCGUUGACAGCACCGAGGAGUGGGCCAAGACCUGGGCCGCUCGUGAGUUCGGUUCCAAGUAUGCCGAUGAGAUCGGCGACAUCAUGAUCAAGUAUGCCAUGUACGCUAGCAGACGCAAGUUUGAGCUGGUCGAGCCUCAGACGUACUCGGUCAUCAACUACAACGAGGCCGACGCCGUUCUGCAGCAGUGGGCUGAGCUCCGUGCCCAUGCCCAGGCUGUCUAUGACAAGCUCGACGAGGCCUACAAGCCUGCCUUCUUCGAGAUGAUCCUCCAUCCUACUAUUGGUGGCGAGGUCGUCCACAGGAUCUAUGCGGGUGGCGCGAAGAACUUGCUGUACUCUGGCCAGAAGCGUAACUCUGCCAAUGAGGUGAUCAACCAGGUUUUGGCGGCGUCUGAUGAGGACUGGCAGUUGCAGGAGCGCUGGGAUGCUUUGCUCGGCGGCAAGUGGAGGCACUUUAUGGAUCAAACCCAUCUCGGAUAUGAUGGCUACUGGCAGCAGCCCAUGAGGAACACCUUGCCUGCCAUGGUGUACGUCCAGACACAUUUUGUUUCUUUGGCUGGCCACGUUGGUGUCGGUGUCGAGGGUUCGAACGCAACUGUCCAGGGUGACGACAAGUACCACUCCAACAGCGGCAACAAUCUCUCGCUCCCACCCAUGGAUCCCUACGGCCCGGCUACUCGUUACUUCGACGUCUUCUCUCGCGGUACCAAGGACUGCGCAUGGCAGGCGGCUCCAUGGCAGCCAUGGGUCAAGUUGUCGCAAUACAACGGCACAGUUGGACCCAAGGGCUCCGACACCCGUGUCCAUGUCUCGAUCGACUGGUCCAAGGCGCCCAAGGCAACCUUCUCCAGCACCGUGAACAUCAACGUCACGAACUCGUGCCGCGGCCUCGACCGGAACGGCUACGCCGAGCCUAUGGUCCAGGUCCCCGUGCAGAUCCGUUCCGUGUCAUCCAACUUCACCAAGGGCUUCGUCGAGUCCGACGGGCACGUCGCCAUCACCGGCGCCCACUACUCGGCCAUCAUCCCGCCCAAGCAAAAGUCCAAGCUCAACGACAAGGUGACGUAUCACACGCUGAACAAGUACGGCCGCAGCGGCAGCGGCAUCGGUCUCGUGCCUCUCAACACGGAGAAGCUCACGGUCCAGACCGCGCCCGCACUCGAGUACGACCUCUACUUCUUCACCAACCACACCAAGGCCAACGUGACCGUCCUCAUGUCUCCCGCGCUCAACUACCUCGGCGAGUGGGCGCCUCUCGAAUACGGCAUCUCCCUGUACCCUGCGGGAGCUUCCGCUCCCUCCGAGCCCAAAAUGGUCCGCCCCGUCGGUCCCACCGUCGGCGCCAACCUGCCCGAGGGCUGGGGCUACGCCGUCGCCGACAGCGCGUGGGGCACCGUCGGCAACUACACCACCAGCACUUUUGCGGUGCCCCAAGAGGGCGCGUACAAGCUCCGCUUCUGGGCGCUCAUGCCGGGUAUUGUGGUGCAGAAGAUCAUUGUCGAUAUGGGCGGCGUCCGCAAGAGCUUCUUUGGACCGCCGGAGAGCUUCAUGGUCGGUAGGGACCAGGUGGGGAAGUAUAACCAGACUAGCUUUUUGGCGGAGGUUGAUACCCUUGGGGGUCUGUAUGAGAAGCAGGAGAAUAAAGGCAGACGGGCGUUGUUCCUGGAUGCUGCGACUGCGGCAUGAUUUGAUGAUGAUUAAAUGGGAUAUGAAUGGAUGAAUGAUGUU